AUGAUCCCACCUUGUUGCCCGCUCUGCAGAGGGGAGUUCACCGCGGCGCAGGCUCGACCCUCCCGUCUGCUAAAUGACCUCCUGGAACUGGUGCAGAAGGGACCGCAGGAGAAUCGACCCAGUAGAGACGGCGACGGCCACGGCAACAACACAGCCGCACAACCAACGAGUCUUGACCAAGAGAUGAGCAGGUCCUCUGAACAGUCAGUGCAGCAGUAG